ACAGAAGCAAAUUCGACCGGACUUGGUUACGCUCUGGUGAGAGACCAAGGGACAAGCCAAGUCAUGCGACCAGAAGUGGAAAGUAAGCUGAACUCAAGUGAAUGAGUUAAGCUGGAUGCUUCACAUCAGCGGAGCAAACUAAAGCUACUGGAUGGCUGGCUUUCAUCGAUCCGUCAAUCUAGCAAAGAAGUGAUCAAUAUAAGCUGGUCGCCAAAUGCUGCGAUAAGUGUAUAGUAAUCCGUGAUCUGUACAGUGGUUGAGGAGUCCAGGACUAGCUAGCACAUGUUCGGCUCCUGAUGCAGAGCCAGAAGAGAGCAGAGGACGAGGAAGACAUCCCUGUCGCAGUCAGACGACUGGCCGGACGGUCGAUUGUGUAUUUAAGACGGUAGGCGAGGGGAAUUGCAGCGAGCUGGUGAUUGUCUUGGUCUUCUGAAGGGAGUGUCGGAUCGAUAGCUUGCUCGAACCUCGAAGAGAUGCACUGAAGCUGUGGCUAAAAUCGAAGGAGAAAAAACUGGUGACCAGACCAAAAUCAAAGCGCGAGUGAUCAACUGAGACAAGAUGAACGCAUUAGCAGCAACAAAUAGGUACUUCAAGCAAGCGGUCAGGAUUCUUGGCAUCGACUCUAAAGUGGAGAAAAGUCUCCUUAUUCCCUACCGGGAAAUCAAGGUGGAAUGCACCAUUCCUAAGGAUGAUGGUACUUUGGUAUCGUACGUUGGCUUCAGAGUUCAACACGACAAUGCCCGAGGGCCUAUGAAGGGUGGCAUCCGCUACCACCCCGAGGUGGAGCCCGAUGAAGUCAAUGCGUUGGCACAGUUGAUGACGUGGAAAACUGCGGUUGCCAAUAUCCCUUAUGGUGGAGCAAAAGGUGGAAUUGGCUGCAAUCCAAGGGAGCUAAGUAUCACCGAGCAAGAGCGUUUAACCCGUGUAUUCACGCAAAAAAUCCAUGAUCUUAUCGGGCCUCACCUAGAUGUCCCAGCUCCAGAUAUGGGAACGAACGCUCAGACUAUGGCGUGGAUAUUGGAUGAAUACUCAAAGUUUCACGGUCACACUCCAGCGGUGGUCACUGGCAAGCCCAUCGAUUUAGGGGGAUCCCUGGGCAGAGAUGCAGCCACCGGACGGGGUGUGGUUUUCGGCACACAGGCUUUGCUGGCUGACCACGGGAAGACUAUCGCAGGGCAAAAGUAUGUCAUCCAGGGCUUUGGUAAUGUAGGGUCAUGGACAGCAAAAAUUCUUCAUGAGCAAGGUGGUAUUGUCAAGGCUAUUAGCGAUGUGAGUGGAGCUGUGAAGAAUGAUGCCGGUCUUGAUAUUCCAGCUCUAGUGCAGCAUGUCAGCAUCCAUGGGGGAGUCAAAGGAUUUGCUGGGGGUGACUCUUUGGACGCUGCGUCCAUACUGGCAGAGGAUUGUGAUGUCUUGAUUCCAGCAGCUCUUGGUGGGGUUUUGACGAGGGAAACAGCUAAGGAUGUGAAGGCGAAAUUUGUUAUUGAGGCUGCAAACCAUCCUACAGAUCCCGACGCCGAUGAGAUCUUAGCUCAAAAGGGCGUGGUCAUACUUCCAGACAUCUACGCCAAUUCCGGAGGAGUCACCGUCAGCUAUUUCGAGUGGGUUCAGAACAUUCAAGGCUUCAUGUGGGACGAGGAGAAAGUAAACAAUGAAUUGCAAAAGUACAUGAUCAGAGCCUACGCGAACAUCAAGGAUCUGUGCAAAAACCAAAAUUGCAAUUUAAGGAUGGGUGCUUUCAGCCUCGGCGUAGGACGCGUUGCCAGAGCUACCAUGUUGCGUGGAUGGGAAGCUUGAGCCACAGCCCCUUCAAGUGCAGCCCAUGUUUUGUAAACCUUAUCAACAGUGUCAGUUUGAGGUUUUCUCAGUCGGGGUCGAGGGCACCCUCCACCCUGCAACCUCAUCUGGCCACGGCUCGAGCCGUGAUGAGGAUCGUCCGCAUCCAGGCCUCUAGGUGAUGUCUUUUGAGUCCUCUCAGGGGAGGGUAAUCAAGAUUGGAUCUCAUAUCCGGGGUCAUGUAAAAAGAUUGAUCAAUUGUAGCAACCGCGUGACAGAAGGGAGCUCCGAUAAGCCGAGGUCCGAUCGACGUCAACCACGGAAAUACAUCUUCUCUCCCAAAUGUGUGUUCAAGAGAAACGUUCAUUGACAUAUUGAGUAAUUCAGAGGUCUGACCUCGCCACUCUAUUAUAUUGAAUCUUCGGCCGGCGGAAGGCUUGGCUCGCAUGUAUCGACAUUGAUUGUAAGCUCGUUUGUUUUCUCUUGCCCCUUCUUCACUCGGGCAGUCGCCUGCGGCGCAUAAGAGUUGUCUUCUCGAAAAAUGUGCACGCGGCUGGUCUUGAGAACAUUCUGUUUCUCUGGAGUGGAGACUGACGGCGAAGAUGACUUAAUGUGAUUUGAUGUCGGAUUCUCG